UAAGGUUUUCCAAGCUGGAGCGGCCGGAGCAUCUGCCAGCGGGUGUCAGCCAGCGUUCUCGUCACACACCACUAAAACACUGCUUUUUUGGGAAUAUAACAAAGGAGGUGGAAUCAUGUCUGCUGGUCCAGCGACGUUGCGCAUCCUUAUAAAGGGAGGCAAAGUGGUGAAUGAUGACUUUACCCAAGAGGCGGACGUGUACAUUGAGAAUGGCAUCAUUCAGCAGGUGGGCAAAGAGCUGAUGAUCCCAGGUGGUGCCAAGGUGAUAGAUGCCACAGGCAAGCUGGUGCUUCCGGGGGGCAUCGACACCAGCGUUCACCUGCAGGAGAGCUUCAUGAAUGCCACCACUGCUGACGACUUCUACAGUGGCACCAAGGCUGCUCUGGCUGGAGGCACGACAAUGGUGUUGGGUCAUGUGUUGCCCGAGAAGAACGAAUCCUUGCUGGAUGCCUAUGAAAAGUGUCGAUCUCACGCUGACGCCAAGACCUGCUGUGACUAUGCUCUUCAUGUUGCUGUGACUUGGUGGAGUCCCAAGGUGAGGGCUCAGAUGGAGACACUGGUGAGAGAAAAAGGAGUGAACUCCUUCCAGAUGUACAUGGCUUACAAGGACGUGUACAUGCUGAGGGACAGCGAGCUGUUCCAGGCCCUGCAGCACUGUAAGGACAUCGGAGCCGUAGGCCGUGUACAUGCUGAGAACGGGGAGCUGGUGGCCGAGGGUGCCAAAGAAGCGUUGGAUCUGGGCAUCAGUGGACCAGAAGGCAUUGAGAUCAGCAGGCCUGAAGAGCUGGAGGCAGAGGCAGUGCACCGAGCGAUCACCAUCGCCAACAGAGCUCACUGUCCUAUAUACCUGGUUAAUGUAGCCAGUAUGUCAGCAGGAGAUGUUCUGGCCUCGGGGAAGAUGCACGGUAAAGUGGUGCAUGGGGAGACCACCACUGCCCAUGCUGUUAUAAACGGGCUGCAGUACUACCACCAGGACUGGGUCCAUGCUGCUGCCUAUGUCACUGUGCCUCCCUUGAGGCUGGACCCCAACACACCCAACUUCCUGCUCAGCCUGCUGGGAAGUGACACUCUGAAUGUGGUGACAUCAGACCACCGGCCCUUCACCACCAAGCAGAAGGCCAUGGGCAAAGACGACUUCACUAAGAUCCCUCAUGGAGUGCCCGGUGUGCAGGACCGCAUGAGUGUCAUCUGGGAGAAAGGAGUGGUUGGAGGAAAGAUGGAUGAAAAUCGGUUUGUUGCCGUCACAAGCUCUAACGCUGCAAAGAUCUACAACCUGUACCCCAGGAAAGGCAGGAUCAUCCCAGGAGCCGAUGCUGAUGUGGUGGUCUGGGACCCUGAUGCAACCAGAACCAUCUCUGUGACCACGCAGUGGCAGGGAGGAGAUGUGAAUCUGUAUGAAGGUCUGCGCUGUCACGGCGUGCCAUUGGUCACCAUUAGCCGUGGCCGCGUUGUCUACGAAAACGGCAUCUUUACCUGCGCUGAGGGUUCCGGAAAGUUCUACCCGCUCCGAACCUUCCCAGACUUUCUCUACAAGAAGAUGGUGCAGAGGGACAAGUGCCAGGCUCUGAAAGGAGUGGACCGUGCUCCCUACACAGGUGAGGUGGCUGCAGUGCAGAAUACAGGGAAGAAAGAGGCGGCCCCUUCAUCUGGGGACAUGACCCCACGACCCUGCACUCGUCACGGAGGAAUGAGAGACCUGCAUGAGUCCAGUUUCAGCUUAUCCGGUGUCCAGAUUGAUGAUGACCUUCCAAAGAGAUCUUCCCAAAGGAUUCUGGCUCCUCCUGGUGGUAGAUCCAGUGGCAUAUGGUAACAUCAGCUGCUGCUAUUUUCGGAGCCGCUGAAUAACUAAACGGGGAAACUAAACACCUAAUAAUAUUAUCUGAUAAUUUCACAUCGACCAAAAUUUAUUUAACCUUUGUCACUUUGUUACUAGCAUAAUUAAAUGUCCAUGUUAAUGAUUUCAAGGGGAGAAAAUAAAAAAAAAGGUGGGGGGGGGGUGUUGUAUUUUUGGAGGAGAAAUGCAAAACAAGGUAUCUGUGUGGUUUGUAGAUCCUGUGUGAGAGAUGUGGGUAUUGAUGAAUUACACUAGCAUUGAUUUAUCUGGUAUUGGUGUCAUAUAGUUCAUUUGGUAAAAGUGCAAGCAAGUUCUCCUGUGAUUCUGUCUACUUCACUUUACAUCACUAUAUUCAGAACAGUGCACUGUGAUUUGCAACAGUUAAAGGGAUACUUAGGAGUUUUUUUCAACCUGAUCUCUAUCCACCACACAAGUUUGCUGUUAUGAUAUUUCCAUGGACAAGAAUGUUGUCACAUUUCUCUGUACUGAGAAAAGAGCAAAAAAGAAACGUUUAGCAUAAACCUUUACUGAUGCUCCACCAACUGCCUUUAGACGUUUGUUUUGUGAAACGUUUCUCUGUUGUUUCCUCAAUACAGUGAAACGCUGACUGUAUCAUCACUCGCUCGUACACUGUUCACCUACCGAUGAUUGAUUAGGUUGUAAAAACGCUGGAAUAUUCCUUUAAAACAUGUAUAAAUUUGGCAGAUAAUUUAACAAACAUUACACUAUCGCAGCUAAUGGAUGUGGGACAAUGUAUUAUUAUAUAUUUUGCCACAUUUUUUUAAUUAUUUGGGCACAUGACUAUGUGUUUACCUCAGUGUUUUUAUCUUUGGAAUUGCACUUAUGUACAGUACUACCCUGCCUCUCCAUUUGUUAAACUGUACAUCUGUUGUGGUAAUCAAAUAACACAUUAAAAGAAAAAAAAGAUACUUCUACGGUAUACUGUAGCCUCAGUAUCGCUUUUGUAUUUUCAGUGUGUAUAUUUAAUUAUUUUUUUCUUUCACGUGACUGUUGACUCGUGGACGAUUCAAAAAGCAAGUAAAAACGUUUGAUCAAAUCUAUUUAAUGCCACAGCUAUGAUUUUAGCCAGAGACUGUGUAUGUUCGUAUUGGUUGAUUUUCCUAUUAGUUCAGCAUUUGAUUUCCCCUACAUGACAUGGUGAGUGGCAACGGUGGCGUAUCCCUGUGCGGUAGACUAGUGUUGUGUUGCCGAGUGUUAUCAAUAGCUAUUCAUUCUUAGAUUCUUUGUUUUUGGUCAAGUAACAUAGUAAAUGUAUUUCCAAUAAAUGUGAACCAAUCACGAAUGCCAUGUUUACAGUGUCACAUGUACAUUUGUACAUGUCACAUUUCUCAGUGAAAUCUGACGCAUCAUAUUUAUGUAAUUGCCCGGGAUUGCCUUUUUGACUUCGUAGUCACAUAACACCAGUGAUACUGCGAAACAAAUGUCUGUGUUAAACUGAACACAUUUUUUAUUAUUUUGAGAAUGGAUGUAGGCUUUAAGAGAUUAACCUCCGAAAAAACUACUUCUUAACAAGUCAUGGUUUAUUAUGAUUUGGUAUUGUGUCUUACAUCUGUAACAUCUGUGAAUGCUUCGAAACUCAAACACUUAAAUUGACUGAAUAACCCCUGAAAAUGGCUCACAAACGUACUGAUGUGCUAGAUUAAAAGGAGAUUUAUUGCUAGAGUGUCUUUUACCGAUUCUGUUACUGCUCCCCUCAGUAGUACGGCCACGUUGGGAGACCCCACUGUAGAAAACAUUUGUAACAGAGUAACCACAGUAAAGAUGUCAUAGUGAAACCGUCCAACAGAUACACUAGGAUUUCUCUAUUGGUGCUGAAUAUUCAUGUGUGGAUGUUUUUGUUUCCUUUUGGAACUCAACAUUUCUCUCGAUGUUUCUCAACCGUCUUUUCUUAACAUAUACCAUGUAUGUAUGCACUAGAAGUGUAUGUGUUAUGUUCCUCUCAAAAGUUCAAAUAAACUCUGUCCAACCUUGUACGGUA